CAAAAGAGUCUCGCCGGCGUCCCCGCCCGCACACUCGCGCACACUCGCGCUCGGGCGCACACGGGAUCAGGCACCGGCUCCCGGAGCGAGCCAGCGAACGGCGAGCCGGGGACCCACAGGGCUGAGCCAGCCGAGCAGCCAGCGAGCGGAGCCCGCGACGACCCACGCCCCCGAGCCACGCAGCCGCCCCCCGCCGGCCGGUGUCCCCGCUGCCCUCCUUGACCCAUGGCGCUGAAGCGGAUUCAGAAAGAAUUAAGUGAUCUACAACGUGAUCCACCGGCUCACUGUUCAGCUGGACCUGUGGGAGAUGACUUGUUCCACUGGCAAGCAACUAUUAUGGGGCCUCCUGAUAGCGCAUAUCAAGGUGGCGUCUUCUUUCUCACUGUACAUUUUCCGACAGACUAUCCUUUUAAACCACCAAAGAUUGCUUUCACAACAAAAAUUUACCAUCCAAAUAUAAACAGUAAUGGAAGUAUUUGUCUUGAUAUCCUGAGGUCACAAUGGUCACCAGCUUUGACUGUAUCAAAAGUUUUAUUGUCCAUAUGUUCUCUACUUUGUGAUCCUAAUCCUGAUGACCCCUUAGUUCCAGAUAUUGCACAAAUCUAUAAAUCAGACAAAGAAAAAUACAACAGACAUGCAAGAGAAUGGACUCAGAAAUAUGCAAUGUAAAAUCAAAAAAACUUUCAUAUAUACCAGAGUACUGUAAAAUCUAGGUUUUUUUCAACAUUAGCAGUAAAUUGAGCACUGUUUACUGUUUCAUUGUACCAUGAAACCCUUUGAUUUUAACCCAUUUUAAAUGUGUUUCUGAAGCAAGACAAAACAAACUUCCAAAAAUACCCUUAAGACUGUGAUGAGAGCAUUUAUCAUUUUGUAUGCAUUGAGAAAGACAUUUAUUAUGGUUUUUAAGAUACUUGGACAUCUGCAUCUUCAGCUUACAAGAUCUACAAUGCAGCUAAAAAGCAACCAAAUUAUUUUUUGCUGAAACUAGAUGUUUUUACAUGAGAAAUACUGUAUGUGUUGUCUAAGAUGUCGUCACUUUUAUAAAUCUGUAUUCAGAUUUCAUUCUUUGUUAGCUCACUUUAUAAUUUGUAUUUUUUUACUGUAUAGACUAAAUAUAUUCUAUUUACAUGUAUGUCAACUCAUUACUUUUUUCCUGUGAACAGUAUUGAAAAAACCCAACAGCUGAUAAUUAAAUGAAUUAACUGUGUCUCCCUUGUCUUAGGAUAUUCUUUAGAUUGAUUGCAGAUUUCUUAAACCUGAAAUGAUCUUUACACUGUAAUUCUCAGUAUACUGAUUAUGGAGAAACACUUGUUUUGAUUUUGUUAUACUUGACUUAACUUUAUUGCAAUGUGAAUUACUUGCACUGCUAAGUAGGAAGGUGUGUAACUUUUAUUUGUUGCUAUUCACAUUUGAAUUUUUUUUUCUGUAUAGGCAAUAUUAUAUUGACACCUUUUACAGAUCUUACUGUAGCUUUUUCCAUAUAAAUAAAAUGCUUUUUCUACUAUUUGUCUUGAUUACUUAAAACAUUACUUUAUCUAUAGGUAAGAAUUAAACCUGUAUAUAAAAUUUUACAUGAAAAUUAUUUCCAAAUUAUGAAAAUGAGAUGUAUUAUAUUUGGCAUUAAGCACCACUAGUUAUGUAUACAUUUUUAUCAUAUUAGAUUAGCAUCUCUUUACUCAAUUGUCUGUAAGAUUAUUGAUUAUUUACCUUGGCCACUAGUUGUAGAUGAGAAUUCAGAAGUUGGGGUUUGUCUUGGAUCACAUCUUAGAUGGAUUAUUUCUGGAAGUACCAAAAUGAAUGUAAGGUAGUGUCACCUUCCCUGAAGAAAAGUUUUUAUAGACCUAAGAAAUCAUGAGAUUCAUUCAUUAAAAUUAUCCUGUAGAUGUAACUGACAUUAUAUUUCUUAACAUUUUGAAAAUCUAGAGUUUCUAAAGUAGGAUUUUAGUGUUGUCACAAUUUGAAAAACAUCCCUUUUUUUUUCACUAUAAAAUUUACCCCCAAAAAGAAUUCUAAAAUGAUGCUUCUCUCUGUUUUUAUAAGUUGUCUGGUAAAAGUAAUCUAAAUAAGCAGAUUAUCUUUCUAGAUUUUUAAAGAAAAUGAGAAAGUUCAAAUGUAUUACUUGCAAAACCCCUCUCUUUAAUGUUUAGCAAGCAUACCACCUGAGUGCAUCAUAUUAAAGAGCAUUCCUAGCUCUUCUGGUUGUUGCAACAGGUGUGUGAGUGUGCAGGCACCCCUGGUGGGGUAAUCAUUAGCAAACCUUUUAAGCCACUUGAUUAUUUUGUCAUGGUUCAUUAUUAUUAAAGUACAAAAUAACUUGUUGUUAGAAAAUAUAUGUCUUUAUGAGAUAAUUAAAUGAAUUGUGAACUGGAUAUUUAAGAAAAUAUAGUAAAGUAGCUAUAUUAAUUGAUGUCUUAAAACAGCAAUAUCAUGAAAAACACUACAGUAGCUAUCUUUGCCAUGAAUUUGAAGAUUCAACAUCAUUAAGAUUUUAAGUAUUAAUCAUAUGUUGACAGUAGAGGAUUUUGUUUAAGUAUCUUUUACUUUUUUUUUUAAGCUUUUAUUUGUGUGUCAUAUAUUUUUGGAAGUGUCUUUUUUUUCUUUAUUAAAAGUUUUGAAUCUUA